AUGGGAGAAGAAGAACAAUUUAAUGAAUUUUUUCAACGACUUAUUGAAAUCAAUUCAAAUGAAUCUUUUCAAAAAUAUAAGAAAGUAAUUAAAACAGAAAAAGAAAGUAUUGAAAGUAAUUAUUUAAAAAAUAAUAUGAGAAGAAUACCUAUUGAAGGAAUUAUUAAAGAAUUGAAUAAAAUAAUUAAAAUAGAAGGAGAAAUUGUUCCAUAUGGAUCAUCAUAUUUUGAUUUUUUUGAUGGGAAAUCAGAUAUUGAUAUAACAAUAUUAACAACUGACAAACCUAAGUUAUUUAAAUACAAUCAAAAUGAUAAUAAUGAUGAAAUAAUUAAACAAUAUUAUAAUAUAAAUAAAAAUAAUAAUAUUUCAAUUAUUUAUCAAUUAUUUAAAAUAUUAAAUAAUACUUCAAACGAUUUAAAUAAAAAUAUUACAAAUAUUCAAAUAAUAGACAAAGCAUUAGUUCCUAUUAUUAAUUGUAAAAUAAAAGGAUAUGAAAUUGAUAUUUCAAUUAAUAAUUAUGAAGGUUGGUAUAACAGUGAAUUAAUUAAAACUUAUUAUUCAAUUCAUCCAAAAAUUAGAAGUUUCAUUUAUUUUAUUAAACAAUUUCAUAAAGAAAAUAAAUUAAUUAAUCCAAAAAAUGGAAUGUUUAAUAGUUUUACAAUUAUAUUAUUAGUUAUUAAUUUUCUUAUUCAAAAUGAUUAUUUACCUGAAUUACAAAAUGAAAAUGAUAUAAAAAAAGAAUGUACAAAACAACAUAUAAUUCAUAAAUAUUCAUCUUUAUGUGAUAAACAAAAUGUAAUAUGGUAUGAUUGUUAUUAUUGCUUUUCUAAAUAUAGAUUCAUUUGGGACUCUAUUUCUUUAAAGAAUCUUUUCAUCCAUUUUCUUCACUUUUAUAUUUCUUUUGAUUAUUCACAAUUAAUUUCUAUUAAUCCUUCUUUCUUUAAAUCAAAUAAUUCUUUUCUUUUCAAUUCUAAUUUAUCUAUAAUAUCUCCUUUCCUUCCUUUCUUAAAUUUAACUAGAAGAUUUGACAGUCAAUUAAUUCAAUUACAAAAUUGUUAUCUUUCAUUCUAUCAAAAACAAAUUCAUAUAAAUUCUUCUUCUGUUUUUGCUGCUUCAUUUAAUAAUACAAUUCAUUCAGUUCUUAAAGAAUUAAAAAAAUAUAAUCCAUCAAUUAUUAUUUCUUAUUAUAUAAAACAGUCAAUUGGUGGAAUUGUUUUUAUUCAAUUAUCUUCUCCAGAAAAUUAUAUUCAAUUAAAAUUAGACUCUUUAACUCAUAAAUUAAAUUCUAUUUCUUUUAUUCUUCCAUUUGAUUCAAAGAUUAUUACUUAUAAUCCUCAUUCAACAAUAGCAAUAAAAUAUAUUCCAAAGUAA